GACUUUCAUUCAGCCAUGGCAGGCGGUGGGAGCAAAUGCACCAGUUCACUCUCACGACGCUGCGGAACUUUGGGAUGGGGAAGAGGAGCAUGGAGGAGCGCGUCCAGAAGGAAGCCCAGCACCUGGUGCGGGCCCUCGCACAGACAGAGGCUCAGCCUGUGGACCCUGCCUUCAUCCUCGUGUGUGCUCCCUGCAACAUUAUCUGCUCCAUCCUCUUUAACGAGCACUUCGACUACCACGACGAGGAAUUCCUGAAGCUGAUUAGGUUACUGAAUGAAAACCUUUCCAUAUUGAGCUCUUUCUGGGUGCAGCUCUACAGUUUGUGGCCAUCGUUCAUUCACUAUCUUCCUGGGAGACACCAGAAAGUUUUUAAAAACAUUCAGAAUAUAAUGGAUUUCAUUUUGGAGAGAGUAGCACAGCACCAAAGGACCCCGAAGCCUGUGCAGCCCCGGGACUACACCGACUGCUUCAUCGAAAGGAUGGAGGAGGUAGGUGGGGAGGCUGCCCUUGGAGCCGAGGUGUCGCCAGUCCCCUCGCGCUUCUGGGCUCCGCACGCUCCGGUCCAAGCCUGA